AUGAAGGAAAGGUUGGGGAAGAAGACUCCAACACCAGCGAAGAACCCUAUCUCUGUUGAGGUACCGGUGAUGUCUGAAAAGAGAACUAUCAACAUCUGCAUAGACUCAACGGCUUGGAAGGAAUCGGUUCAAUUUUUGCACGCUAGAGCAUUUUUCAUGAAGUGGGGAGGGGAUUGCCCUACCUUUUCCAAGGUUAGGAAAUGGGUUGAUGAGGAGUGGGGGAGCCAAUUUGAGAUUAAAACCCUAACUAAUGGGUUCUUCUUAAUCAUUGUUGGGUCAGAAGGAGAAAAAAACAAGUUAAUGAACAAUGGGCCUUUCAUGAUGAUGGGAAUAGGGUUUUACAUCAAAGAUUGGACCCCCAACUUUGAUCCCAGACAAGCCACCAUUGAGGAGAUCCCUGUUUGGAUUAGACUUUACAACCUCCCACAUGAAUAUUGGAAGGAGGAAGUCUUCAAGGUGAUUGGUGAUGAGUUAGGGAGAUUUAUUAAAUCUGAUGAAGCUAUUGACAAACUGGACUCAUGUAUAUAUGCUCGUGUUUGUAUCAUGUGGAAACCGCACCCGGGGCUCCCCAAGGCCGUUGAGAUCCGCUCUCUAGAGGGCCUAUGGAGGCAAGAGAUUGAAGUCGAGGAGAUCAUGGUGAAGUGCAAGUCCUGUAAAGAAUGGGGGCAUGAGGAGCCCAAUUGCAAGGCAAGUCAGAAGGGCAAGGGCAGGGCAGACAGAGCAUUGGAGGACCAGUUGUUAGCAACAAUGGAGGGAGCAAAGGAGGUGUCGGAUAUCUUAAUCAUAGAGUCGGUCCCUGUCUUUGAUAUGGCAGAAAGACUAGAUGGGAUUCUUCGACAUAGUGUUGUAGAUAGGGGUGGGGUUGAAGCAUCCUUGGCUUCUAAAAAGGUAAAGGAGGAUAAGCUAGUUGAUCAAGCCAAGGCCUUUGUUCCUACUGUUGGUGAGGUUGUUGCGAAUGGGAAUGGCUCGUUGGGGGAGACCUCCUUGGAUCAUUUUCUGAUUCUGGCAGGUAGUGUGUAUGGGUCUCUUGCGAUUUCAGCAUCUAGAGAAGAGCUUUGGGGAGAUCGUUGUCCUAUGGAUGGCUUGACCACGGAGGUAGGCCCUGUGAUUAUUCCUCAUGUUGGUGUAGUUGGAGGGAGGAUUCCCUCUUGA